AUGACGAUUGGGCUGACCCCUGACCCCUGCCAGCAGCCCAGCAGGGGGAGCAAGGCCGGGCCGGCUGCCCGCACCCAAGAUGGCGGCGGCGGUGGCCUGGAGCGCCCGCCCCUUCCGGGCGCAAGGGUCGACGGGAUGCUGCGGGCUGCCGGGCGCGCGCUGCUGCUGCUGGCCGGGGGCUCCUCACCUGGCAGCGCCGUGGGAGGGGUCGUCGCCCGCUACUGCCUGGUUUACACGUGCCAGGUCUGCAAGACAAGAUCUGCGAAAACUAUCUCCAAAGUAGCGUAUCACAAGGGAGUGGUGAUAGUGAAAUGCCCUGGCUGCCAGAACCACCACAUCAUAGCAGAUAACCUGGGAUGGUUCACAGAUUUGGAAGGGAAGAGGAAUAUUGAGGAAAUCCUUGCGGCCAAGGGGGAGAAGGUGAGGCGUGUUGUCGGCGAGGACGCCUUGGAGCUGCUCCUGGAGCACGCAGCGGACGCAGUGCCCCAAAGCCACCCCCCAGAGGGAGACGGUGGGGGAGGUUCCCCUGAGUCCGGAGGCAGGGACCCGACCUGAUCCCCAGGAUGUCCCUGGGGAUAGAGAGACCGCAGUGCCGCGUUGUGCUUUACAGACGUCCAUGGUUCUUGUAAAUAAAUUCAGCCGCACAAAAGCCUUGUCCUCCGGUUGAUUUCUUAACUUGGCACUGGGCUGCUUAACCCGAGAUCAGCCACAUGUUUGUACAGGACUUGAGACCCUCCUUGUUACACAUGAUUGAUUUUAAAACCAGAUUUAUUUCUUCU